ACGCAACCGUUUCAUUUCAUCGAAUAUUCAAUGACGCGCUCAUUCAUAACCAUCAUAGAAACUCAAAUCAAAGAAAAAGAAUCACCGAUUUUCCCUUUCUCUCUCUAAACAACAGCUAUGGCAGAUCAACUCACAGACGACCAGAUCUCUGAGUUUAAGGAAGCUUUCAGCCUAUUCGAUAAGGAUGGCGAUGGUUGCAUCACAACGAAGGAGCUUGGAACUGUUAUGCGAUCAUUGGGACAAAACCCAACUGAGGCAGAGCUUCAAGACAUGAUCAAUGAAGUAGAUGCUGACGGGAAUGGUACCAUUGACUUCCCUGAGUUUCUCAACCUCAUGGCAAGGAAGAUGAAGGACACCGACUCUGAGGAGGAGCUGAAAGAGGCAUUUCGGGUUUUCGACAAGGAUCAGAAUGGAUUCAUCUCUGCUGCUGAGCUUCGCCAUGUGAUGACCAACCUUGGUGAGAAGCUCACUGAUGAAGAAGUCGAUGAGAUGAUUCGAGAGGCUGAUGUUGAUGGUGAUGGCCAAAUAAACUACGAGGAAUUCGUUAAGGUGAUGAUGGCCAAGUGAUUGAUCUCUCUCACUUCAUUUCUAUUACUUGUAUAACAGUGCUUUGUAGUAGUCGUUGUCGUUUCUUACAUUUUUAAUUCAUGGUUAAAUGUUAAUUAGUGGUAAGUGUUGCUACUCAUGAUUGCUGUCGAAUGGUGUCUUAAUAGCUUUUCUUGUAAUUCUGUUCCUUAAAAAAAGUUGUAAUGUUGAUUUCA